AUGAAGGUCUUUUCCAUUCUUCUGACCACCUGUCUACUGGGACUCUGCCAUUGCAAGAGGUCCAAAUUUGUCACUGAUAUACCAGUUAUUGAGGUUCUAGACGACUAUAGAGAAGAUGAAGUUUGGACUAGUGAUUUUGUAGAGGAGACAGAGACGCACAAAUCUACCACAUGGACUGGAAAGAAACAGGUGUGGGAUCUGUCCAACGGAACUGUCCAUGAAGUAGAGCAUAGACCGUCAUUGACUCGUAGACGUAACGAUGAAAAGGUAGAAGAUGUGGCAGUGGAGGAUUCUAGGGUACUAACUCACUCCAGACACACUACUAUUCUUGAUAUAUCCAGUCCAAAUUCAUCUCAAUGUCAAUCCUUCGACUACACCUUUGACGGCAAUGCGGUAAGACUCAUUGUUCCUAAUAAAGAUACUACUGUUAAAAAGUUAGUAGAUGGUGAAGAAAAUGUUUAUACUCUUUCAUCUGGACAAACACUUGAUCAUGCUAAAGUCUAUAUUAAUAACGAUGGUAAAGCGGAGCUAGUUAUUGUAGUAACUACUUUAUCCGGCACUCCCAAGGAAACUUACCUGGAGCUUAAAGAUGGUAAAUGGGUAUCUUGUAAUGACAAAGAUGCCAAGAUGAAGAGCUUAGUUUCUACUGCAAAACGGAAAUCAGGCUUUGAACUUGACCUUGCAUCAACUAGUAGUACUAAUGAAUGUAGCAUCUUUGAAACAGAAUUACUAGGUAUUACCACUAGACACUUUUACCCUAAACCUGGCCAUGUCGCUAUCCAAGUAAAGGAUGGUAAUAAAGAGCUAUGGGAACCCACAAAGCCUAUUCUUAGUAAUAUAUCGGGGAUCCAAGGAAGGCAUAAUGGAUACUAUAAACGAUGGGUAUUUUGCCUUUCUUGCCUUAUUUAUAAACAUGGUGAUAAGGAGUUACUAGAGAUUACACUUGUGGUAGAUAAUGGCUCAUUAGGGUAUAAACACUUUGAGAAGUGUGGCAAGGAGUGGAUGGAGAUUAACAAGACAGACUUUGAUCAGAAGCUUAAUGAAAUGAGUAAAUCUGGAUCACCUCCUACUCCAUCUCAAUCUAAAUAG